AGCAGUCGGGUCAGAGCAUAGAUGAGGUACAGCGGCAGAACAUCGAUCAACUUAUGUGUGUCUGCUCGAAGUUUCAGAAAGCCUGGGCCAGUCAUGCCCAUGAGAGCGACAAUGUUCAGAUGUGUCUGAAUUACUUCAGGAUCGGACAGGGGUGUGGGAUAUUUUCCGCCGUACUUCGAUACCCUCUUGGUGAGAGUCAUAAAGAGACCCGUGGCGGCGCUAAAAUGUGUACAUCAGGUUUACCCGUGGUGCCCUGGAAAAGAAACCUGCUUGCGAGAUAAUCAAUGAAACAUGAAACUCUAGAAACUGACCGAACCGUAGCAUUCAUUCGCCUUCGCACAGUCAGCAUGCCAUGCGCUGCCGGAGGGAUUUCAGGGAGUGGGCCUCCUACCCAGUUCAAAACAUCGCAUAUCACGACAACACACGCAUCUAUGGCGGAUUCUGGGAUAGGAAUGGGUGAACCUUGCGCGAACGGCGGAAACCCCUUCUUCGCUGUUCAAGAUCAGUCGUGGUCAGCCGAGUGGAUUGGAUGAGAGUAGUUCAACAUUGUGUUCGAAGAUAGCACUGAGGGAACGGCGACGUCUGCAGUUGAUUUCUUGAACCACAUUCGGAGGAGAGGGCCAAUUCAAGCAGAUGACCACAUGAGAUUUCGGCACCAGAACCUGCAUCAGUGAAAGCUAGCUGAGAAGUUGGAAAUCCUCCGAUGUCGAUGUACUUGUCGCCGGAAGGAAUGUGGCGCGAACAAGCACGUGAAGAUAGCGUUGUGGACGUGACAUGCGAAGAGAGGGAGAUCUGAGGAACCCUUAAGAAGCGGUGGACAAGCCUAUACUGGCACACUCAUGAGCAAGCCCGAUCUAUCUGCGUCUGGCAUGGGGAGUGUCGACGGUGCCUA